AUCUGAACCCUUUGACCGCACAUAAAUGUCAUCGUUACGUUACUUAACAGCAGCUUCAUCUCCAUCAAUACUGAUGAACAUGUGCCAGCACCGUCGCAUUACCCUUUUUUAAUAUUAAAUGUGAGGUUCAUCUGAAAGACGAUGCUGACCAGAUCAUGGCUACCUAGAAAGAGGCUAUUGGUCAUCACCAUCGCAAUCGCAAUCAUCAUCGUCUUCACAACUGUCUCAGAUCUACACAAUCGGUCGUCUGAACUGGUCACCGCCCUACAUCUCCCUUCUUACGGAGGCAGCAAUACAGCAGAGCAGGAGGCCUCAUCUCAAGUGGCAACCACAACUCUCCUCGACGCCCAAGCACCCAAAUAUAACUAUGUCAAAGCAAUACUAGACCCCAAAGACGAAGAAUUCGAGCGACUCCUGUGCCCGGCGCUUGCUAUGAAGCGCUACGACUAUCUUCGAGUCGAUCAUGGAGAUGCGAAAGCCACCGAUAGGCAGAUAAAAUACUUUUUUGCGCUCAAUCUGCGACAAUGCGUAGGCAUACUCCCUCGAUUGCUGGGAUCCGUUGUGGAAACCGUGCGGUUUCUCGGUCCCGAAAACUGCGCUUUGUCGAUAGUGGAAGGGCAUUCCGAUGAUGGGACUUCUGAAGUGCUGGAUGCGCUGCGCGUAGACAUGGAAAACCUGGGACUGGAAUUUCACCUCCAAACCAGCGACAUCGAUCCUAAGCAGGGUGACCGAAUUGAAGGUCUUUCAGGCCUUCGAAACUUAGCCCUCGAACCACUGCUCAAAAAUUCGGCUCGGUAUUCCCCAGACACAGCGGUGGUUUUCGUCAAUGACGUCGCCAUAUGUAUGGAGGAUAUGCUGGAGCUGGUCCACCAACGCGUCUUUCAGAAUGCGGAUAUGACAUGUGCGAUGGACUGGUCAGAUAUAGACCCCGCUCCCAUCUUCUACGAUAUCUGGAUCGCGAGAGCCAUGAAUGGGGACACAUUUUGGGAGAUCCCCCCGGACGGAGGGUGGCGAUUUUCCUCGAAUCUGUUUUGGAACCACCCAGUGUCCCGUCAGCGAUUCGAUGAGCACCAGGCCUUUCAAGUCUUUGCCUGCUGGAACGGCGCUGUUGUCUUCAGUGCAAAGCCUUUGAUUGAGAAAAAUAUACGAUUUAGGAAGUCGAAGGCUGGUGAGUGUUAUUCGGGCGAACCGCGAUUGUUCUGCAAGGACUUGUGGUUGGAGGGGUAUUCCAAGAUUGCGGUGGUCCCGUCGGUUAAUUUGGACUAUUCGGAUGGGUCUGCUAAGAAGGCCAAGGCGUUGCACGGGUAUGUUUCUGAUGCGGUGAAGGCGGAGGGCAAUGAUAAGUCGUUGAAGAUUGCGUGGGAUGAUAAACCACCUGAACAGGUCAAGUGUAUGUCUGAUUUUUCGGACCAAUCUUGGGUGCCCUGGAAUCAGGGAUUUGAGUCUGAUAGUUGAAUGUAUUAACCCAUCUAAUCUAA